CUUCCACUCGAUUCCGGUUUCCCAAACACGUCGCGGCGCGCGGGAUGCAGCGCCAUGAUUCCAAGUCGAUGCUGAAGCGGAUGGAAAUGGACUACGAUGCCCGCAUGGAAGAGCAGGUCGACGACCUCCGCGAGAAGAUGCGGCUCCUGCAGGUCGAUCGAAAAGGCAAUGUCGAGUUGCUCGAGACCAACAAGAACUCGAACAAAGAGCUCAUUCGGCAACUCAAGCAAGAGAACAAGGAGCUCCGAAAACAUGUGGCCGACAUGAAGCGCGCCGAAGCCCCGACGAAUGGAGGACUCGUGGUCGUCGCCGAAGGAGACGACGAAACUUCUCAGGUCGCAGUGCAUUUGACCAAGUGCCGAAAGCAAUACGACGACGUGCGGCACAAGGUGGCUGCUCAAGUCGACCAGCUCGAGCAGCUCAAGGACAGCGUCAAGGACCUGGAAUUGGAGGCCAAGAAGCCCAGCUUGGAAGACACUCCCGAGACUCGCAAGAUUCGCAUGUUGGAGAACCGGUUGGAUAAAGCCAUGAUCAAGUAUAACGAAGCGCAGAGUAUUCGCAAAACGUACGAGCAGAUUGUGAAGCGGCUCAAGGAAGAACGCAUCGGGUUCGACAACCAACUGGCGGCGAUCGAACGAGCGGCGGCGGCCAAAAACCACGACUACGACGAGCUCGUCAUGUUGUCUGCGGACGCGGCGCACGCCAAGGACUUGACGGUGGCCGAACUCGAACGGGUCCGGUCCAACUACGAAGAGGACAGGCGGCUGCGGGACAAGGAGCUGCGAGAAAAGCAACAAGUCGUCAAGAUGAAGCUUGAUAUGAACGCGCGCCUGGACCGCCGCGAGCGUCAGAAGCACGAAAUUGUCGAGGCCGAGGUCGAAGGACUUGCACCCGACGAAGGGCACGUGCUCAAGACGUCGCUGGCGCUGAAUUCUCUCAAAGAAGGGCGGGUCGCAGACGAAAAAAAGGAGCAUCGGAGCAAGAUCGACAUCUUCGAGUCGGCGUUUCGCAAGAUCAAAGAGGCCACGGGCGUCAGCGACGUCAACGAAGUGAUCCAGAAGAUCGUGAGCCAGGAAGGCACGACGGAGAACUUGAUGAUGCUGUCCAAGGAAAACCAAGCGCGCCUCGAGGCCCUCCAAGCAGAGCACUUGCAUUUGAAGACCCACGUCGAGGAGCUCAAGUACAGCGGUAGCGGCGGCGGCCACCGGCGGAAAAUGGUCGACGAUCACGAAACCAAUUUGAACCUGGCCACGGCCAAGCUCGAGCGGGCGCGUGUCAAGUUCGAGCGCGUCGCCAAGAUUCUCAUCAGCGUCAAAGCCGGCGUGGAACACCUCGUGGAUAAGAUUGAAUCGGUUCGAGAAGAUGGCAAGGCCAUUCUUGUCCGCGAUGACACGAUUGUCGAGGCAUUGCACGAAAGUGAAGAAACCCUCGUGGGGCUGCUCGAGCUCACCGAGACCGCUGUGCCUGCUGACGCGGGGCCUUCGACCAGUUUGAGCGCUUCCGCGUCGACAUCGACGGCCGCCGCGGCUGUUGUGUCUGACGACGAGCUCGCUGUCGGCAUUACACGGCCCUACAACCAGCGCAUUCCCCUCCCUGGCGACGGAUUCCUCGCGGACGAACUCAACGACGACGACGGCUUGCUUCUAGAAGAAAACGACGACGCGCUCAGCCGCGACCGUGUCAAGAAAGCGUCCAAGCAAGUCCUGCUAGACCAGGACAAGCGCAAAAAACGUGUGCAGAAGAAGGUUUCGGUCCAAGACAUGGACGACUUUACCGCGGACGACGCAAUGGCGUCCGCGACUGCUUUGGGCAUGCCGACGACACCUGCCAAAAAGAAGUAGCAACACAUCACUAACCAAGGUGCCUUUUCAUUUCAA